CCGAACUCGCGUGACAUCUGAAAGAAAAAAUGAAAUAAAUAAAUGAGCGAGGUGCAAUUCCGCCAGGAGCCGUGAGUGUGUGUGCGCGCGUGAAUGUGUGUGUGGCGUCUCGUCUGUCUGAAUCGUUAGACAUCAGGAGGGCGAUUCAAACCGGGAGAAAUAUCACACCACCACCACCAUCCUCCUCAUCCUCUUCAUCCUUAUGUCCGCGCUUAAAACCAGCCGAAUUAAAUCAGGGUGGUGAAAUUUUGUGCGAGCUGCCUAUGAAGGGGAUGAAGGUGUGACACACACUACAGAGUGUGUGUUGUGCUUUGCAUUAGUGUUAAUGCUCUUAUUUACUACUCUCUUAAUUACGAGCGAUGGAAAAUGGAGCAUACAUGUCGUGAUCUGAGAGAAGCAUCGUGUUAUUCUUAUGGAUUAAUAUAUGAUCUGAACUCAACCCAAGUCAAACCGCUCCUCUCUCCUCCCCUCUCCGUUUUUUCUCCCCCCCUCCCUCCCCAAUGCUCAAUUCGGUGUGUGUCUCCUCAUACAAAGGGCGCAAGGGUGUGAACAAGUCGUCCAACAAAGCAUGUUACAGCGCCGACAUGACUUGCCCGUCGGAAAGCGAGAAAAUCGUCAUCAACUGCGGCGGCGUGAGGCACGAGACGUACCGGAGCACCCUGAAGACGCUGCCCGGGACGCGUCUGUCGUGGCUCACUGAGCCGGACGCCUUCAAGAACUUCGACUAUGACCCAAAGUCCGACGAGUUCUUCUUCGACCGGCACCCGUCUGUCUUCUCGUUCAUCCUCAACUACUACCGGACGGGCAAGUUGCACUGCCCCAACGACGUGUGCGGUCCGCUGUUCGAGGAGGAGCUCGCCUUCUGGGGCAUCGACGAGACCGACGUGGAGGCGUGCUGCUGGAUGAACUACCGGCAGCACCGGGACGCGGAGGAGGCGCUGGACAGCUUCGAGACGCCCGAGCCGGAGGUGCCGGAGGACGACCCGGCGCUCGCGGGGGACGGAGACCUGAAGAGGCUCUGCCUGCAGGAGGACGCCAGGAAAUUGGGCUGGUGGCGCGUGUGGCGACCGCGGAUCUGGGCGCUCUUCGAGGAUCCCUAUUCGUCCAAAUACGCGCGGUAUGUGGCGUGCGGAUCUCUUCUGUUCAUUCUCAUCUCCAUUUCCACCUUCUGCAUGGAGACGCACGAAGCGUUCAACACCAUCUACACCAAAACAGAGACAGUUAUGGAGGGGAACGUGACGAGAGAGGAGAUCGUGUACGAGGUGGUGACGGACAGAUGGCUGACGUACGUGGAGGGAGUGUGUGUCGUCUGGUUCACCAUCGAGGUGUUCACGCGCAUCAUCUUCUGCCCCGACAAGGCCGAGUUCUUCAAGAGCGCACUGAACAUCAUCGACUUCGUGGCCGUCCUGCCUUUCUACCUAGAGGUCAGUCUGAGCGGACUGUCCUCCAAAGCAGCGAAAGACGUGCUGGGCUUCCUGCGAGUGGUGCGCUUCGUCCGAAUCCUGCGUAUCUUCAAGCUAACGCGCCAUUUCGUGGGCUUGCGUGUUCUCGGGCACACGCUUCGUGCAAGUACCAAUGAGUUCCUCCUGCUCAUCAUCUUCCUCGCUCUCGGCGUCCUCAUCUUCGCCACCAUGAUCUACUACGCCGAGAGGAUAGGAGCCAGUCCAGACGACCCUACGGCCAGCAAGCACACCAACUUCAAGAACAUCCCCAUUGGUUUCUGGUGGGCCGUGGUGACCAUGACCACUUUAGGCUAUGGAGAUAUGUAUCCGGAGACGUGGUCGGGGAUGCUGGUGGGGGCGCUGUGUGCCCUCGCAGGAGUGCUGACUAUUGCCAUGCCCGUCCCCGUCAUUGUGAACAACUUCGGCAUGUAUUACUCUCUGGCCAUGGCCAAGCAGAAGCUGCCCAAAAAGAAGAACAAACACAUCCCAAGAGCCCCGCAACCCGGCUCGCCCAAUUACUGCAAGCCGGAUGCCCUCGCCAUGGCGACGGCCUCGCCCCAGAGGAUUCUGGGUAACGUUCUGGGCGGCAUGCUGGGCUCGAGCGGGAUGACAGGUGACUGUCCUCUAGCUCAGGAGGAGAUCAUAGAGAUUAACAGAGACUCGAAGCAGAAUGGUGAUGCAGCCAGCGCCGCUCUAGCAAACGAGGACUGUCCAACAAUCGAUCAGGUUCUUAGUCCAGAUGAGCGCAGCCCGGUGGGCCGGACACAAGAACGCUACCAGCAGGACAGAGCCUGCUUCCUCCUCAACACGCGAGAGUUUCGACCUACUGAUGGGAAUGUGCGGAAAGCCACGGGUUACGAGAAAUCUCGCAGCCUGAACAACAUAUCAGGAAUGGCGGGGUCUUCCCUGCGUUUGACCCCCAUCACCAGCACACCCUUUGACCCUUACGAGGCCCCGGGACCCCUCCGUCGCUGCCGCUCACCCAUUCCCUCCAUAUUGUAGCAGAAAAAGCAGAAAGAGUGACAGAACGACUCAGGAAAGGAGGAGAGAAAGGCAGGACAGCUUCACACUCACAUUCAUAGCAAUAACAAUGACUGACCACGCCAGUAGAUACACUAAACAGAGCUGUUUGUGAGUGACCACGAGUCAUGUUAGUUAUGAACUGAACUUGGCAGGUUAACCAGGUCAACAACUGUACGUGUGUUUAUGAACGGAAGGAAAUGCUUUGUUUUUUCCCCAUGCAUUCUGGGUCAGACGUGUGAUUUUGAUGCUCAAGGCAGAUAAAUUAAUGCAUUUUCAUUUCAAAUACUGUUCCAUUUCCCUCAAACUCUGAAUUAAGAUGAAUAUUACUGUGAAUACAUGCAAAACUCUAGAUUUUUUUUAAUGCAAGAAUAAUGUACAUAUGCAAUCAUUACUCUGCAAAUAGGGGUUAAAAUGUAAUGUAUCACACAUAUGUGUAUGCUUUGUUGGUGCUUGUCUUUGAACUAAAAUAAUUUAGUUUAUUCAGAAAACUAUUUAAUCAAAAUUGAAUGGGUGAAUCUGGCAAAUUGAUUAUUUGAACUGUGAUAAUACAGUCUCUCCAUGACCUUUUUUAUUUUAUUUUGCACAUCAUCAUCGUUUGUUUGUUUAAUCAUAUGCAUACAGUGUUUUGCCCAUUAUAACAUGUAGCCAAAUUUCGCCCACAUCUGAGGAAAGACUUGCAAUCCAAAAACUGUACAUGAGGAGCAAAAAAAGAACAUUUAAUGGAAAUUAUUUAUUUUUUGCUGAUGUACACUGUUUGUGAUGUGUUCGUGUUAGAUUUUAAGAUGAUGCUCCAAAAAAAAAGCGUAUUGACCCAUAUAUAUGCAAAAUGUGCAAUAUUCAAUCCUAAUUCAUAAUGCUGUAAACGUAUGCACAUGUGGUUUUAUAAAUGUAUGUGCAAGAGAAUUAAUCGUGAUGAAAAGGUUAAAAGAAUGAAAGAUGACGAAGAGGAUGUGAUGAUUUUAAGAGCAUUUCUUGUUUGUCUUAUCAAUGUUAGUGUCCCGCUGUUGUUUUUUUAUUAUAUUUUGAAUGUUUUUCAAAGACCAAUUGUUUUUGUUUUCAAAAACAUUACAUGACAGUUUCAUUUGUAUAUGAUAUAUACGUAUGUGUUACUGUGUUUCUUUUUGGAUAAAUUGACAAAAAAAUAUAUGUAUAUGUAUUCAGGUCGAUGUGACCUAGUGCUUCCAGAAUCAUUAACAAAAGAGGUGAUACUCAGUAAAUAAGCCAUUUCUGAGAAUGAUUCUUUCAUGAAAUAGCAAAAACUGAGAAAAUAACAUGUUGCAGUAAUUGCAAAGUUGUAGUAUAUAGGGAACUGUAUGUCAUCUAGUUCUUAAUCAUUAAAUGUGACUUAGUUUCCCAAUGGAGAAAAUCCCACUGCUGAGACAGUAAAUAUAUCAGUAAGGAGCCAUAUUGUUUUAAACAUGGCUCCUCGAUCAUGCAAACCUGGAUCCUACAAUGUACCCGGCAUUGUGCAAGAUUCAAUCCUCCAAAGUGAUUUCGUUCAGGAUUGGUAGCGUUUCUAUGAUAACCAGAGUUAGUUAGUUGGUUAUAACCAAGUUAGAAUGACCCAGUUAAGAAAAAGGUAUUUUCUGACGAAGUCAAAGGACAUGAAAAAAGUAUAAAAAGUUACUUAAAUAUAUACUACCAUUCAAAAGGUUUUUUUUUUUUUUUUAUAAAAAUUUUUUU